AUGCCGAGUCCGCAGGUCAUCGGGUAUGUCGUCGAUGGUGGCGAGACUGGGUCGGACGCCGCCGUCUUCUCGCCGAGAUUUGUCAAUCCCGACAAGAGCGUUUACUCGGGACUGUACGAGGGUGGACCGAUGCCCAAGUCAGGAUCGGGCUCGAUCCGUGGGGCAGUCGAUGCCUCGCCGGGCGUCUUUCCCUACGCCUUUGGCGAAGACGCGUCCGAGCCGGUGGUCAUCUCCAUCGAGCGGCGGCCGACGCUUGAUGGCGAGAAUCAUGUGGCCGGUGUUAUCUGGAACGCCGCCCGUGCUCUCUGCGAGUACAUGGUGACCGACAUGGGCAGCGCCGCUUUCGAAGGCAAGUCGGUGCUCGAGAUUGGCUCCGGCACCGGGCUGACCGGCAUGGUGGCGGCGGCGCUCGGCGCAACCGUCGUGCUCACCGACCAGGAGCCGGCCAUCGCAAUGCUACGUGACCAGAUUGCUCUCAACAAGCUCCAAAAUCGCGUGAGCGCCGCCCAGCUCGACUGGGGCCCGGACGGCGACAACCAGCUCGCUGCUCUCGGUGACUUUGACCUCAUCCUCGGCACAGAUGUGACGUACACAGCGCUCAAAGAGCUGCAGCACACGCUGCUGGCGCUGACCAGCGGGCCGACUCCGCCGCAGCUGCUCUUUUGCCACGAGCGCCGCUGGCCGGGCACCGACGCGUACUUUGAGAAGCUCAUGGCGCCGCACUUUGACUACACUCCUGUCCACGCCACUUCGUUUGAGGACUCGGGCGAGAUCGUGGUCUUCACCCUCACGCGCAAGGCGGGCGCAGACAUGGUGGCCGGCGACGAGGCCGGCGACGAGUAA